UUGAGGGGAAGUUUUAGUUUACUCUUUGGAAGUAAACUCGUUAACCAAACGAGACCUGAAUAUGUGUUUUGAUGUAGUUUAGUUUUGAUUUUUGAUUUUGAAAAACUACGUAGUUUUGAGAACUUAAGAAACCUAAAACGCUCAUCCGUUCCUUCCUUUCUUUUUCACUUGGCCUCUUGCACACGAUUCCUUCCCAAGUCACCAUCUUUGAGUUGAGAUCGAUCACUUCUCCGACUGGUGAACGAGUUCCUACCUUCUUGUUAUUUUCCUCUCCUUGACGUCGACGCUGGCUGCCGCCAAGGCGCGAUUUUGAGCUUUUGGUGCUGCUGCUAUUCUCCGCGAAGCUUCCCUAUCGAAUUCUUUGUGCUGCCGCCCUUUACGACCUCAGGAAUGAGUCGAUUACUGGGUCAAAAACGAAAACAGACAGAUUCAAAAUCUCCAGCUGAAUCUCUGACAGAACAAGAGCGUAUCCUCUAUAAUGUGAUAAGAAACAAACAAGACAUGGGGAUCUGGACACGAGACAUGAAAAGAGAAACCAGUCUUCCUGACAAUGUGGUUAAUAAAUCAUUGAAGGUACUUCAAGCCAAGAAUUUGAUAAAAGAGGUGGUAAACAUCCAAAACAAGGGGAGGAAGCAUUACAUGGCAACAGAAUUUGAGCCAUCAAAGGAAAUCACAGGAGGGACAUGGUAUGUUGAAGGGAACCUUGAUACAGAGUUUAUACAGAUUCUGAAAGAGCAGUGCACAAAGCAAAUAUACAAGCUGAAAGUUGCUACAUUGGAGGGAAUUACAGAUUCUAUCAAAAGGAGUGGAGUGUUGAAUGUUGAGUUAACAAAGCAGCAAAUUGAUGAGAUUGUGAAAGCAUUAGUUUUGGACAAUGAAAUCAUAGAACUUAAGAGUAAUGGCAUGGGGGAAUUUGCUUCUAUCCCAGUAGGCAAAAUUUGUUAUAAAUGCAUUAGUAAAGGAAGCGGUGGAGGGGAACCAAAAAUUGGGGCAAUGGCUUCUAUCCCAUGUGGAGUUUGUCCGCGGAUACAUCAAUGUACACCUGAUGGCAUCAUCUCUCCUCAAACUUGUGUCUACUAUAACAAGUGGUUGGAUUUUUAAUUUGAUUGUUUCAGCUAAGAAAAUUUUGGCAUGGUUUUGCAUAUUUAAUGGCCCCAAAGUUUCAUUUUAUUGAUGACAUUAAUAGUUUGAAACUUUAGUAUGGUCCUUGAGAGUUACCCCCCUGUUUCCCGUGUUUAUGGUUGAUUAAAUGCAAUGCGAUUAUGCCUCAUGAUUCAGCCUUAAUGCAUUUGGUCUGUUUGAUUGAACAUUGAAGUUUCGCCUUUGAAUGGUUGGAAUUUGGGAAAUCAUUUUCAGCUGUUCUGUUGCUUCUCCCAACAGUUGGAUAACAAUAACAAUGUCUUUGCUCUUCAGAUUAUGAGGGUUAAGUGCUGAUUGUUUUAUGUUAGAUAUCUCAAGGAUAUCAACCUGAUCAUGGGUCUAUUUAUAUAAAGCAAAAUGCAUAAUUUACUCUCUCUCUCAA